AGUGUUCAGGUUUUGCCUUCUGGGGCAGCACGCAAAGACAGCCUACUCUAACAUCUCCCGUUGCAGGCUUCAGCCAUGGCCGCGCCGUGCGGCCGCGGAGCGCUGCCGCUCGUCCUCAUCGCCCUCUCCGGGGCUUUCCUCACCUACAACUCGCUCCUCUCCUCGCGCUCCUUCCUGCCCCUCCCCUCCACCUCCUUCCCCGGCGCUACAACCGCCUCCUCCUCCUCCCGCCGCCUCGCCGGCGGACGGUGGCUGUUCCACACCGCGGUGACCGCGUCCGGGUCCGUGUAUAACACGUGGCAGUGCCGCGUCAUGUACCACUGGUUCAAGGAGGCGCGGCGGCGGCAGGGGCGCGGCGGCGAGAUGGGCGGGUUCACCAGGAUCCUGCACUCCGGGAAGCCCGACGAGUUCAUCGACGAGAUCCCCACCUUCGUCGCCGACCCGCUACCCGAAGGGACGGAUCAGGGAUACAUUGUUCUUAAUAGGCCCUGGGCAUUUGUUCAAUGGCUCCAGAAGGCAGACAUACAGGAAGAAUAUAUCUUGAUGGCAGAGCCAGAUCAUCUUAUCGUCAAGCCUAUUCCAAACUUAUCAAAAGAUGGCAGGGCAGCAGCUUUCCCUUUCUUCUAUAUUGAGCCCAAAAAAUAUGAAAAGGUGUUGCGCAAAUAUUUCCCUGAAAAUGAAGGGCUAAUCACUAACAUUGACCCCAUUGGAAAUUCUCCUGUCAUCAUUGAUAAGGAAUCUCUUUCAAGGAUUGCACCGACAUGGAUGAAUAUUUCGAUAGCAAUGAAGAAAGAUCCUGAAGCAGAUAAAUCUUUUGGCUGGGUUCUUGAAAUGUAUGCAUAUGCUGUAGCAUCUGCUCUCCAUGGAGUGGGGAACAUCUUACACAAGGAUUUCAUGAUUCAGCCACCAUGGGACUUGGAUAUUGGUGAUUCAUUUAUUAUACAUUAUACUUAUGGGUGUGAUUACGAUAUGAAGGGUAAAUUAACUUACGGCAAAAUUGGGGAGUGGAGGUUUGACAAAAGAUACUACGAGAAUAAACCUCCUCCUAGAAAUUUGCCAUUACCUCCCAAUGGUGUACCUCAAAGCAUGAUCACCCUUGUGAAGAUGGUUAAUGAAGCAACAGCCAACAUACCCAACUGGGAAUCUUAUGCAGCUGAUUGACCUUGUUACAAUCUGGUACCUGGCUUGUCAAUUCUGUUUGCGCGACUACCAUUCAUUCGGUCAAGAUGGGAUAAACUGCUCGUAUAAGCUUAUCCAGUGCCAUGGACUCCAUAUAUUUCUGCUCGAAUUUGUCAGCACGCAUUAUGGCCUUGCCUUGUGCAAAUGCAGCAACAUAAUCCCUUCAGUUACAUAAACACAUACAUUAGUACCUAACAUAUUUUAGGU